AUGGGCAUGACCUCGGGUUACAAUGUUGAAUGCAUCUCACGUUCUAAGAUCCAGGGCUCGCUGCUGAUAUCACGCAAGCAGAAGCGGGGCAUCGUCAGUCUGAGCGAUCUCGCGCUUCCCGAGCACACUGCAAGCUGCGCUCAGAUCUGCUUCGAGGCCCUCGAGACUCGGCGUCGGCCUCACGGACCGAAUGCGAACAAGCUUCAGAUGCAGCACCACAGGCUCUUCAGGUGGCACCGCGAACGGGUUCGGGCCAGCAGCCGACGUACUGCCGACCCGACCCCAUGCUGCAAACGCGCCCGAGUGGCGACGAUCGAGGGGGAGAACGGCGUUGUUUCUUCUAUGGGGAUGUCAUCGGACGAGCUUUUCGAGUGUUAUCCGUGGGGUCCGGGGUACCGCUUGGCCGCCGAUGCGAACGUGUACGAGUUCAGUUUCACGCUCGAGCCGAUCGAGAUUUUGGGGGACCUCCUCUCGUCCCUGGGCCUUGACGAGAACGAGGGUUUCAACCUACGCAGUUUUGGAUGCAUCGAUUCUUACUCUGGGGAGCCGGCGACGCACCAGUCGGCCUUUGUUUUGACCGAGUACGAGUCCAGUUUCACGCUCGAUUCGCUCGAGUUCUUAGACACGAACCUCUCCCCGUCCAUGGGCUCGGCCGGGUACGAGGAUUUCGACACGAAUGACUCUUGGGACCCGCUCUAUGGAGGGGGCGGCAAAGGCGGCAGCAGGACCUCGCAGCGGGUCCGGGCCGACAAGUCCCAGAUUCAGGACCAGCUCAUCGCCCUCGCGACGGCCGUCGCUGAGCUGCAGCGUGCUCAGAUGGGCACCCGCACCACGCCGAAGGCUGGCCGUGCCGAGGCGCGGCCUUCAAAGCCCACCACCACGCGCCCUAGGCGUCAGAGGCGGCAGAGGGAGGACACCCCGAUCGUCGCCAAGCUGCGCUCCCUGCUGUCCGUCGUGGACGGCGGCAUGAACGUCACGCAGACCCAGGUCAUCUCCAAGCUUCGGGAGGUCAUCUCGACCUUCACUCCGGGAGCAUCGCCCUCGGCGCGGGACGCGCCCGAGGCUCCCCAAGAGAAAGAGCCGCCCCAGGUCAGGGCGCGUCUUUUUCAGGACCCCUGGGGACAGGCCAAGAUCGUCACUUCCAGCGCGGUCCGGGCCUCCCUGGAGCAGUCCACCGAGCCCAUGGUGAUCCUGGCGGCCACCCGCGCGGAGUACGAGCAGUGCGAGCGCGCGAGGAAGGCCCUCGGGAACCGCCAGAACAUCACCUACGUCGUCUUGGACAGCAACGGCCCCGACUCGGUCCUCCUCGAGGGCCAGCGCGGCCCCCGCUCCGCCAAGGCCAACAUCACCUACCUCAGCGAGUCCGCGCCGAAGUGUGCUGGGCUCCACGCGGCUAUGAAGGACGACGAGCCCGUCCCAGCCACCAAGCUGAAGCUGGUCAAUUUUCGGAUCACGAUCUCCGCGGAGUUCGCCGACGAGACCCUCUUCCACGUCGCCUCUGCGGAGCCGCAGACCACCCCCGCCCUUGUCCUCGGGGACGUCCUCGCGGAGCGCGUGCUGCGUACCCGAGGUGCCAUCGCCUACGACGCGGAGGUCACAUGCAUCGUCUCGACGACCGAGGCCAACGCUGCCGAUUUCCGGACAGCAGUCCCACCGAGAGGUGCCUUCAUCAUGCAGCAGGACGCCCCCAUCGCCCCGCGAUGGCUCUCCCGGAGGGCCGACGAGGAGGACGAGGAAGGCACCCGCAAGUACUACGACCGGGUCUACCAGCUUGCCCAGCAGCGGCAGGGCCACAUGUUGUACCGCCCUCACGGAAAAGCCCAACUGGGAGUCGCUGGCGCCGCUGGGGUACAUCCUGGAGAGGCUGAUGCCAUCAAAUGGCAUGUGCGGAAUGCACCCGCACACAUGGUCACUGCCCAAGAAUUCACCACCUGGGCCACGGAACGCGGCUUCCAGAACGUCGCCAACGCAGCCAGAGCAGGCGCCCGUGCGUGGACCUUCUUCGGGGACACGCCGGCGGGCGUCGUAGCCACAGUCCACACCUUCAAGUCCGGAGCCGUCGUGUCUCGGGCUUUCUCGAAGAACGGCGCCCCCGCCAAGGCCGCCCGCCAGGCGACCAGCAAGGAGGCCCGCCAACGCUGGGGAGCUCCCAAGGCUUCGCCCCAGUACGACGCCGCUGUCGCCCCCCCGCCUGCCGAGGAGAGGGCCGCCGCCCCCGCGGACGCCCCCUCGGGCGCCGCUGCCGCCGCCGCCGCCGCCGACGGCGACCCUGCGGGCGGAGCUCGCAAAGCUGGAGCCGCCCCGCACGAGGCGGCGCCCCCGAACAAGCACGCCAAGGGCGAGAACGGCAAGCCAGUCCCGGCUGGCCCGUCCGCCCCGCCUUUCACGAAGUUUUUCAACGUCCGAGCCUGUGGCGGCGGUGGGGACUGCAUGUACAUCGCCGUCGCAAAGGGCCUGGCCGCCAUCACGCCGUCCAAGAGCAUCCCGACCGCCGACGACUUCGAGCCCGGCGGCCGGCUCCAGGGCAAUCUCCGCCUCGCUGCGCAGGAGGAGGCCCUCAAGAAGACGUUCAAGGCGACCACGGCGGACGCCGACAAGAUCGGCACUACAGGAACGCCUGCCUCCUCCCUGGCCGUCCGGCUGCUCGCAAAGCGGCUGAACGUCGACAUCUACGUGUGGUCCCGUGCACCGGGCGCGGAGCAGUGGGUGCUCUACGGCCGGGAGCGCGGAGGGAAGCUACGGAAGAAAGAGCUGUGGUUGAAGUUGGAGGACCACCACUACGAGUGGCUCCAGCCGAAGCCGGACCAGCAGGAGACGACCGAGUACCGCCAGACCCUCGACUGCUGGCGCGAGAAGGCCCUGGGCUACCCGACCAGCGGCCUGCAGGGAAAGGGCCGCUCGCUCGAUCCCGACGCCGCGUCCAUCCUGGGCAUUCCGGCCCCAUCCAGCAGGGCCGCCUCAAGCCGCGCGCCGGCGCCGCGUCUCGACCCCGAGGCCAUGUCCAUCCUGGGCAUUCCCGCCCCUCCAAGCACGGCAGCCGCCAGCCGUGCCCCUGCGCGCCGCCCCGCGGCUGCCUCCUCCAGGGGAGCCCGAAGCAUCCUCGGCAUCCCCGCCGACGACCCAGACGAUGAGACGCCAGUUGCCUACGCCAAAGGCGACUAUCUCAAGUGCCCCUGCGGCCAGUGGGCGCCACCCGCCCCCCCUGCCCACCUCUCGGGGAGCCAAGCCUCAGCCUGGCAGUGCAACAAGGCCACCGUCCACUGGCGGGAGUGCCAGGGCGCCGCCCCCCCCAGGCUGAAAGACCAGCCCGGCAGCGUCAGCCGCCGCGCCAUUCAAGCAAGCUUCUGGGCCCGGCCUGCCUUUCGCGAGGCCCGCCGCGCGAAGCUUUUUGCAGCACACUUGAAAUGGAAGGCGGCCUUGCCGGCGAGCGUCCAGCCGGGUGUGUGCAGCCCCGAUGAGCGUACGGUGUCCUCCAAGGUCCUCAAGGGCGGGGGCAUCCAGCACCACUACACGUGUUCUACAUGCAGCAAAAGUACCCACCUGACUCAGUUCAGGUACUACCCAUGCAGGGCCCGGCCUGCCACCAUGACGCGCCUCUCCAUGCUCACGGCGAUGCGCGGGGAGGAGGCCGCCAACAGGGCCCACCAGGCGGAGAGUGCAAGCCGCAAGCGGUUUGCCAAGACCUACGCUACCAGGCGGAAGGAGCUCUACAAGAUUCGCUACGCCGACCCCGAGCAGCGGAAGACGAAGCGGCUGAAGGACAAGAUCCGCUUCGCGAGGUACCGCGCCGACCAAAAGCGCCUGAGCCAGGAGCGCCGCACGGCGAAGAUCGCCAAGAAGCGGCCCGCCGCGGGGAUGACGGAGCUGCAGGUUGCCACCCUCAACGUCGCGAGCCUCCGGGCGGACCGCUUGGAGGAGAUCUUUACGUUUCCUGCACUUCGUCACGCACAUGUUUUAUGUCUUCAGGAGGUCCGGCUAGCCUCCGCCAAGCCCGCGUGGGUCACCAGGCUCGCGCUCAAGUAUGGUUGGCGCGUGGUGUGCUCCACGCCUCCACCCAGGAACGCCAAGCGUGCCGUUCAGCAGGGCGGCACUGCCAUUUUCUGGCGCCCUUCUCUUGGGCGUGUUGCUGUUCAUCGAGCCGCUUCCCAUCGUGAAGUUGCUAUUCGUACCAAGCUGGGAGUUUUUACAUCUGGGCAUGGGCCCGCUGCAGUGCGCUCCGACCCCUGGAUGGGGGAAGUCGUCAAUUUCACAUCCACCGUGGCUCGUGGUACUCCGCCGGUGCCGUGGUGCAUCGCUGGCGACCUGAACUGGCGCCCCUCUUACGUCAACGCGCUGCCGACGCACGCCGCCCUGUGCGCCGCAACUACGCCUACGACCCUAGCAGGGGCCUCUCCUACGCGAGCCGUGGGGGCCGGCAUCGAGCUGAGGCUUGAGAGCGUCGCCUUCCUCCCGCUCAUUCCUCAUCGCGGGCUGGUGAUCUUCUCUGCGCAGGUCGCCGCCCCGUCGGCGCAGGCUACGCGAAUGCGCCGCACUACACGGUUCACGCUCGACCCGGGCACCCUCCUGCUGGCGAGCGACACCGAGGAGCUGCAGAGCCACAUGGAUGCCACCCUGCCGGCCUGCCCAGCCGCCGCCCCUCUCCCGGAGAGGUGGGAGCGAUGGCACGCCCGGGCCGAGGGGACACUGACGGCAGCUGCCCACCAGGGGUGGGUAUUACAAGACGGGGCCGCUGCACGCCCCAAGGGAUCCCUCCCUACCUCGCGCAGGGUGGCCACGACUCCGGCGGUGCGGCCCGCCGAGCCGAUGGAGCUGGUACGCCUGAAACGCCUUGGUCGCCGCGUUGCCCACCAGCUCCGCGACCAUGCAGACGAGCUCAUCGCUGGCCCUCUCCUGCGCCAGUACGUGGACUCGGCCCUCCGGGGCCGGUUGACAGCUGGCCCGAAAGGCCGGCCGACGCACGCAGAGGCACACGGCAAGAUCUCGAAGGCCAUCUCCGCGAUCCAGCGGGACCUGCUCAGAGAUCGCCGCUCCGAGUGGCGCCGCCUCUUCCAGCACUUCACGACGGACACGUGGAGGGCAGCCACUGCAGAGGUUCAUGGGCCCUCCGAGUGUCCCAGUUUCAAUGCCGAGGACAUGACGGAGGAGUGGAAGCGAGUGCGGGUCCCGUCAGACCCCAACUACGACGAGCAGAGGUGCGCGGCCAGGUGGGAGCAGUACGCCGCGGAGGCGCACGAGCCCUUGCCGAAGACCGCCAACGCCUACGACGAGGAGUGGUGCCCCUCUUACGCCGACUUCCGGGUCGCCGUGCGCAAGGCCAAAGGCAGCGCAGGCUAUGACGGUUGGCACUCCAGCGAGCUCAAGCUGAUCUCCGAGCAUUUCGAGUUAUUGCUUUUCGAACUCUACACGCUAUGGCGGGACACCUGCGAGACCCUCCUGGUCGAGAGGCCCACCACCGAGCUCCAGCACCUCCUCUUCGCCUGGCGGGUUGUUGGGGUGCCAAAGAAAGACCCGACGCAGUCCCGGCCUAUAGGGGUGGGCUCCGUGCUCCUCAGGGCCUGGCCCACAGCUUGCGAGCCCAGCCUGCCCACGCCACAGGACGCUCAGUUCGCCUGCAAAGCGGGCUCCACGGUGGUCCACGCCUGCUGCUUGUGGCUGCACGCCUGCCAGCACGGCUCGUGCGGACUGGAGCGUGACCUGUCCAAGUGCUACGACAACGUGCCGCAUGCGGUGGCAGACGCGGCGCUCCGCAACGCCCAGACGCCACGCCGAGUGCGGGCGGUGACUAACGCUGCCUGGCGGGGCCCUCGGAGGUGCCAGGUGGCGGGAGAGCUGGCCGGUGAGACACUCUGGCCUACGCGCAGCCUCGCUCAAGGGGACAGCACGGCGCCGAAGGUCUUGUGCCACGUACUUUCCCCCUGGGAGAUCAACGGCACCAAGUUCCUUUUCAUGGACGACAGGUCCGCCGUCUUCGACUCCGUCCCGCAGAUGGAGUCGGACGCGCAGGCCACCAACGCCUUCGACUCAGGCACGGGCGCUAUCGAGAACGUCGGGAAGCGCCAGGUCUGGAAGCGAGGGGACAGGACGCAGAUCGAGCACAUCGGCAUCCUCGCUGUCCCUGAUGCUCCGGAUGAGCCGAUUACGCCUGCCGGGGGCUGGACCAAGCUCCGCAAGUGCUUGCGCGCCAUCCGAGGCCUCCCGCGAGGCAGCGAAGCCAGGGCCACGGCGGUCCGGGCCUACGCUAAACCGUUGUGGACUUGGUGUUCCCCGGUUUUCUCUCUGCCACCACCCGACGUCGUCCCAGCAGCGAUGUCAGCGGUGCUUUCGACGAGGUGCACUUGGUGGUGCCGAGGCCGUUUCUGGGCCUCGAAUAUCGACCUGCACCCCAUCUUCAGCGCGGUGCUCACGGCCAUCGAUCGCAUCACCACCUGGGACCUCCGCUGGAGUACAUUCCUCGAGGUGAAUUUCACGUCGUUCUUCGAUGCCAUAGGUUUCGAGUUCCUGCAGUACGACCCAGAGCGCGGAGUGCAGUUCCGACGCUCGGUGGACGAGCCUGAUGUCCGAGUUCGCCGAUUGUGCGGGCGCAGACACAUCUUCUGGAGCGACGAAGAGAUGGUGCCGCACCUCCUUCGCCAAGUAUGCCGGGCGAGAGCUCUUGCCCACGCAUCCGCGUCUCGCCACGACUCGGAGGGGGUCGACCAGAUCGACCUUGAAGCCUCCUCGGCACGAGCGUGGUCCACUUUCCGGGACUCGCUGACCCUGGAGGACAGGAUCCACUUGAAGAUCUUUCGCUGCGGAGCGACACGCAGCCCGACGAGAAGAUGGAGCACCACCAGGCCCGAUCUCACGGCGGCCUGCCCGUCCUGCGGGGGCCCCCAUCGACCGAGUGCGCGCCACUACGUGGCCGAGUGCGCCGCCCUGGCGGGUUUCCGGCAGGAGCUGAACGACGCGUACCACAUCCCACCUGGCUGGUGGGCACGCCAGCCGCGGGCGACGCUGAAGACGGGAUGGAUCACUUUCCCGGCUCACGCGUCCGCGGCCCGCAGAGCGGAGCUCCAGGUGGCCGUCUGCCGCAUGGGGCUCGUUGCCAUGGCGCAGAUGGCAGAGGAUUGCGAGGCCAGCCACGAGCGCGACAUCUACGAGCUUCAGGACAGGAUUUGCUUUGCAGUGUUCUUCAAAGAUGAAUCUUCCAAGAACCAGAUACGUAACCUCCGGCAAGGCUGGCGCACCAAGGACAAGGAGCGCAAGGAUGCUCACAAAGCUGCUCUUACUUCGGACAAAACUGCUAAACUUCCCCCACAUGAGUUCGGAUCUCAGCGUGCUCUUCUCUUCGCCAAGUUCGUGGCCAUAUUCCUCAGCAAACUUCCCUCGCCUUCGGACCUCAGGGAGCCUCUCGAGAAGCUCAAGGGUUUCUCUCUGGAGAACCUGGACGAGCCGAUUUUCCGCUUCAAGCCAGCACGCCAUCCUGACCCGAAGGAGAACUUCGCCUGGGUGUUCACUCUCAUGCCGUCCAACCUCGCCGACUUCGAAUUUUUGCGCACGCUCAAUCGUAUUUCUGCAUCUCCUCUUCGCCUUGAUGCAGUCGGAAUGGCCCACCAACGCUCCAUCGACGGACCCUUGGUGCAGGGCAUGUCAGGCAAAGGUGGGGGUAAGGGCAAAUCCAAGACAGAUGGUGACGCCAUGCUGGAUGACCUCGAGGUAUUCGCCAUGAAUUUGUUCAUCUUCCAGAAUUACUGCGGCUGCUCGGCCAAGCACAUGGUCUUUUCCCUCCUGGAGUUUUGGUCAACCUGUGCAAUCUGGCCUUCGAGAGCUUCUCCAUGGCACUGCAAGCACUACACUGGCCGCGGCGUCAUGAAGUUCUACGAGACUGGCGAGGCGCUCGCCAAGGACAUGGGCGUUCCCGUUUCCGUGCUGGAGCAGACUCACAAGGAGCAUUUCGAGGCCGCUAAGAAGACCGAGAAGGACCCAGACGGCGGCUCAUUCCCCGCCUACCCCAGCGGCAAGUCUUGGGACGAGGCCAGCGGCAAGACGGGUUCGGGCAAGAAGUUCUACCCCUUCGUUGGCAAAGGCCUCAUUCUCCUGAAGUUCGAGACGAUUAUGUUCAAGGUAUGGGAGAGCGGCACGAAGGAGUGCAACUUUGGGGUGGAGACUUCAAUGCACAUCGCUGUGCAGAUUGGCAGUUCGAUGGACUCCACUCCGGACCGUGCGCUCUCUGAAGUGGCGGACGCGGUUGGCUUCAGGCUCUUCAAGAAGGGGGGCAGGGGCAAUCUGGGAAACUAUCGGACCCUUUGGCUCAUUAACGUUAUCGCUAGGCUGCUGAGCAAGAUCAUCGCAGACAGAUUACAAAAACAUGCGGAAGCCCGGGGCCUUUUCCCAGAGACACAAUGGGGGUUCAGGGGCGAGAGGAGUACCAUGGGCCCGUUGUUCAUUGCCAGAUGCGUCCUGGAGAUGGCCGCGGAGGUGGGGGAGGUUAAGGCCCAGGUCGUCCCGGCCCUCGUAUUGCUGCUUCUGGAUAUUGAAAAAGCAUAUCCGCCUGUUCCUCGUGCUGCUGCGGAUGUUGUGUUUCGGAGGGCUGGCGUCCCAGAGAACCUGCGCAAAUUGAUCCAGGGGUUGCAUGGCAGUUGCAAGUACCGCGUCCGCACGGCAGAGGGGGAGUCUAGGAGCUUCGAGCUGGAAAAAGGUUUCAGGGAAGGGGGCCCCAGCAGUCCGGUGUGCUUCAACAUCUACCACUCCAACGUCAUGACAGAUGUGAGGCGGCAGCUUUUAGACAUGUUCGGGGAGGAAGCAAUCAAGUUGCUCGGAGGAUGGCUUGAAUCCACGGGCAAGCACAACAUUGAUACCGGCAAGAGAAUACAGGCUGCUAGGCGGAUCUUUGCCAAAGUCUUGAAGCAACUUCCCCGGUUGGGGCUGUCGGACAAGGACCGGGGCCGCGCGUUGAAGGCUACGGUGGAAUCUUCUCUUUUCUAUGGAAUGGAAGCCCGUCCAGUGAAUUACUUGGAGAUGAAGCAGAUCAAAAAGUUCCACAACCAGGCCACGAGCACGGCCCCAGCGCCGAAGGCGCAGGCCAGGCCGAGGCCGGCUGCUGCCGGGAACGACACUGAGGUGCUCAACACCCUGAUCCGCGACCACCUGUACCUGCGACAGGACUUUCGGCCAGUUGCGGAUUCGGUCCAGAUUGCAGUGCUGUUCAAAAGUGACACAGAGGUCGAGAGUUUCCACGGCCUAGCACAGAAAUGGGCUGCCAAGAUUCCUGAGGGAUCAAAGAAGGGAAAGGGCAAGAACGAUCGUAAGAAGCGGAAGGCCGACGAAGGUGAAGAGGCCAUGAAGACCGAUGACGGUACAGAGGCCUCCUCGAACAAGCACCCGUUCGGCCCCAAGAAAGUAUUCAUGCUAUUCGCUCUUUUCAGCAGGCUCAUGGAGAUUGCUACGAAUGCCAAGGAGACGAUUCAGGCGAGCACGGACCUCAAGAGGGAGGGCGGCAAGGCGCUGGAGACCCUCUCGAAGCUGGGUGGGGAAGAGCUUGACAACUUCUUCACGGGCUUCGUGGCGAAAGUUCCCAAUCCAGCGUCGGGCCGCACAUGGCUUUGGACCUUGACCAUGAAUCAGUUGCUUAUGCCACAGUCCAUCAAAGAGGCACUCGCGUACGCCAUUCGGCUUACAGCUGACCCGGCCUUUGAGGUGAAGCUGGAGGUAAAACGCUCUUUCCAGGGCAAGCCGGAGGCGGACCUCUGGGUGUAUUUCUCCGAGCUGAACGAUUGCUUCUUCACCAUGCUGUUCUUGCAAGAGUUUUUAGCUCAGUCCAAGGUGGACGAGCAGAGCGAGCCCUUCUACGUGGCCAUCAUCACGCCAGUGAUCCACUACUGCAUGGGCGGCCUCGAGAUCGACACGGACUCCGCCUGCGUCGGCACCAACGGCAAGGCCAUCCCAGGGCUCUACGCGGCCGGCGAGGUCGCCGGCGGCGUGCACGGCAACAAUCGCCUGGGGGGCAAUUCGUUGCUGGACUGCGUGGUGUUCGGCCGCGUGGCGGGCCUCGCCGCGACCAAGUGCAUGCUGGGCGCGGACUGCAAGCCCGUGAGCCUCAAGGACCUCUCUGGCGGAGGCCUCACCGGCGAGGUGACGGCGCCCAAGAACGCGGGCGGCUCGCGCGAGGAUGGCAUGAACAAGGGCGCGGAGGGCGGAAAGGCAAAGGGCGGCGCCGCGCCCGCCGGCAAGGGCGGCGUCAAGGGCUACUCCAUGGAGGAGGUGGCCAAGCACACCAGCAAGACCGACUGCUGGGUGGUCGUGGCUGGCGAGGUGCUCGACGUGACCUCGUUCCUGAGCCAGCGCCCCGGAGGCGAGCUGGCCAUCCUCGCGUUCGCCGGGAAGGACGCCACCGAGGAGCUCAACAUGAUCCACCCUCCGGACGUGAUCCCGAAGUACGCCCCCGACGCCGCCAUCGGCGUGCUCGGCGCAGGGGGCGGCGCGGCCCCGGCCGCGGCGGCCGGCGCCCCGGCAGCGACGGCGGCCGCGGCGGGAGAGCACGGCGCGCGCGACUGGAAGCUGGCGAACGACAACCGCAACAAGAGGAUGGGCGAGUACGGGCGCGUCCCGGGGCCCAUCGGGGCGCUGGUCUACAUGGUCAUCGCCUUCAUGAAGGAGGUCCUCUUCACGAUCUUCGGCCAGAAGAACUUCCAGUUCACCAACGACCGCAUUGGCCUGACGCGCUCCGGGAUGUUCAUGUUCAUCUUCAUCAUCAUCCACGCAGUCGGCAACCUGCGCGUGUUCCUCGGCCCGGACGACUUCAACGGAUAUGGACACUUCUACGUCCGCCUCUAUUGGACGGGCUUCGGCUUCAACGCCAACAUCGUGGAGGAGUACAUCCUGCUCGCCGCGCUGCUCCACGUGGCAGUGGGCCUGAAGCGCACUUGGGACAUCUCGAUCAACUACACCAUCGCCUCUGGCAAGCUCAACCUCGCGAUCUCGGGCAUCACGCUGCUGACCUUCAUGGGCACCCACCUCUUCCAGUUCCGCUUCGGCGACGCGCAGCCGUUCGAGCUGCGCCCGCCACCGUGCCUCAUCAACGUGGCCACCCUGCUGGAGCUGAGGCUGAAUCUCUUCUGGGUCCACGACGCCGACUGCGUCAAGGAGAGCGUCCGCGACAUCUACCGCAUGGAGUUCGAGGUCUUCCAGUCCCUCGGCUGGUGCCUCUUCUACAGCAGCGCCGGGGCCAUCUUCGCCACGCACAUGCGCCUUGGCUGGCAGAAGGCUGCCCCGGCGCCUGCGCUCGAGAUCCCCAAGCGCUUCCACAACAAGGCGAUUCACAUCGGCUACAUCACGACGGCCUUCAUCGCGUUGGUCUACGCGAGCUUCCCGCUCUACACGCAUGUCUCCCCGAUGUCCGACGGGGCGAUCACCCCAGAGGCCCCGCUGCCCGUCACCGUCGCCGCCGCGGGCCCGGCGCGAGCAGACUCUAGCGACCCUGGGCCCAGCGCCUCGCAGCGCUCUGCGGCCCGUCGAUCGUGCUUCUCCUUGGCCCUGCUCCCCAAGCG